CGGCGCCCGCGGCCGUCUAGUCCUCCUGGUUUCUGCUGGUUUUCGCGUUAAACUACUAACUUUCUUACUAUGCCAGCGGGGUCUGUUUGUGCACACGCACAUGCUUGCGUGAAAACACCACCCGGGUUUUCUAUAACAGGGUAGCGACUCACAGGGGAGUGAAGCGUAUGCAACAAAGGAUCUCCCUUUUUGACAAUUUUGUGGGGAGCAAGCUCCUGAAUGAACAUAUAGUUUAUCUCCAUAGCGCUAUUUUUUCAGUUACUAGUUCACUCAGAUUUUUCCGAUGGUAAUGCGUUUGCCUUGUUUGUGGAUUCAGUGACAGUAGACUCACUCGAGUGGACUUAUUUUCUGGUGAUCUGCACCAGGUAUAGAAUAAGUAAUACCGUCUUGAAAGCAUUUUGCCCACGUGACAAAAAGUGCUGAUGCAGCCUUGUGCCAGCAGAACUUUUUUUUUUUGGCAAUUUUUUUUAUUUUCAAGUGGAGACUUUGUCAUAGAAAACUUCCAGCCAGAUAAGUAUAUAUGACAUGAAGGGCUGUAGUUUCACAAGUAGCUGAGCAGGUGGUUGCUCCCACCUCUAAAAAAGUGGAGAUCUUGCUGCUACUUCUAGCUGCGUGGUCCUUUACCAGAUCUGCCCAUGGAAAUGGGGCUCACUAGAUACUUUUUUGAGCUGUUUUAACUCACUAACCCAUCAAAAUAUGUCCAUUUUUUUGCUGGGUUUGUUUUCUGCCAGGUUAGUGAGUUAAAGCAGCUCAUGGAGCAAUCUGAUGAGCUUUGGAGCUACCCCAAGAAAAAAUGUAGAAGAUUUCACUGGACCUAGAGAAAGAAGUGAUCUGGGAUUCGUCACAUUUGACAUUACUGCAGAUCUGCAGAGUAUAUUUGACUGGAAUGUUAAACAAUUGUUUCUAUAUUUGUCUGCAGAAUAUUCAACAAAAAACAAUGCUCUGAACCAGGUGGUCCUUUGGGACAAGAUCAUCUUGAGGGGAGAUAAUCCAAGGCUGUACUUAAAAGACAUGAAGUCAAAAUAUUUUUUCUUUGAUGAUGGAAAUGGUCUCAAGGGAAACAGGAACGUCACUUUGACUCUCUCCUGGAACGUUGUACCAAAUGCUGGCAUUCUACCUCUUGUGACAGGGUCCGGACAUGUGUCUGUUCCAUUCCCAGAUACCUAUGAAACAACAAAAAGUUAUUAAAUUAUAAUAUUGAAUCCUAAGCAACAUAUUUUUAUACUUGUAUAUUGUGAAUAAAUUUUAUUGCGGUUUCUUCUCACAUCCCAUUGCAACCCUCCAAUAAAAGGUACUUAAUUUCCUCAGGUCUAACAGCAUAGGAAAGGAAAUGAAAGUUCAAUUCUUUUUUAAAUAAAACAUUGAAGCUGAAACUUAAAGGGAAGGUUAAUUGCUGAGUUACGGUUUGGGGUUUUUCUUUUGUUCUGGAAAACUGAGGACUCUCUUUGCUGGCCACCUGGGUAUAGGACUACCUUUCUUUUAAAUAAACAUCUUAAAACCAGAAACUGGCCUGGUUGUUUUUUAAGGUCCUGUAAUAGUUAUUGGAGUUCUACAGAGAUUAGGUACACAAUCCAGAGUCCAAUAUCUACACGUACCUGAAGGAAAUGGCUAUUCUCUUUUACAGCUUUUGCUAAAUGCAUGCUUAGCAUGUUGCAGUAUGGUAGGCUUACUCCUUUCUAGGAAUGUCGGCAGCUACUUUGGAAACUGAUGGUUUGUUAUCUGUCUGCUGGUUUGGAGAUCUCAUCUGAGUGCAUUAACAUAACAGGUCUGAAGUUCUACGAUAUAAAGCACUUUAGUAACUGCUUAUAAUAUAGAUGAUAAUGCAGCUGACUGGUAGAGCAAAAAUAAAUAUUUUUCAGUGUAUUAAGCAUACAUCAGUUAGGAAAGGGGAAGCUUUAAAAAUUGCUUUUUAACAAGCUUUAAGUAAAGAAAGACUGUGUCUACACAGUAACCACUUGAUUUUUUUUUUUUUUUUUUUUUACUGGGGUCUACUCUGCAAGAUAAAUGAAGACACUUAUUCCAGGGUUUGCUGGGCUAACUAGACAGUGGAAGGGCUCUUUCUUAGCUAGGAAUGGGAUAAUCUUUUCCAGAAAAGUCCAGGAAAACAUUGAAGUACAGGAUUUCUGACAGCAGUAUAGGAGAGGACUCUAUAGACAGAUUUAUCAGUUUGGAUUUGGACAUAAGUCCCUGGUUUGCAACAACCAGGAAAAAUAGGAGUGUAGUCGUUUCAUGAGCAAAUUCAGUCAGUGCCUCUACUGAAAAAGAUAUGACCUAUCUGUGGCAGCACAUCCUACUCUCUCUAUGUACUUCCUCCCUUAGCUACAGGUACAAAUGCUUGUCAUAGUUGGAUAGAGAGGAAAAAAAUACAGGAUAUAAGGACUGGGUCUUUGCAGUAAUGAUGGUUUAUACUAACCAGCUAGUGUUUCUUAGUGGGAAUAAGUAGUGUUUUUGUUUUUUUUUUAAUCCAGAAGGAGGGGCACAUGGCCAUUAUUCUUCUUCUGACAUAGAAUCUGAGCAAAGCAUGGUAGACCUGAGUUCCAUUUCUAAUAAUAAGUACUUUUAUGUAUUUAUUAGAAGCUGAUUUAUUGCCAAACACCUGGAAUGUUCUGAAUGGAGUGGGGAAUUUCAGUAAGAGCAAACAUAGUUUGAAAUUAAAGCUAAAAAGGUUUUUUUUUUUUUUUAGUAUUACGAAUCAU